AUGGGCGGGCCCGCCCCACCCUCGGCGGCCACUGCUUCGGCUUCCGCUUUGGGUUCCGCUUCUGCACCCAGCGCCUCGGCUCCGGGUGAAUUGAAGAAGACCCCCGGGUCAUCCGACGACCUGCUUAACGUCUACGAUGACGCGAGGACCUACUACACCGCCGAGGACCGCCAUAGGAACACCCGUGCCGGUCCAAGGACACGUACCUACUCUCAGAAUAGUUUGCUGAGGCAGAUGGAACGGCUGGUGGUGCCUGAGCCGUACAGGAGAGGAAGCCAUGAUGAGAGCACCAUCCCCCAUUCCCGCCGCUUCCUGAUCCAGGUCGAGCCGACACUCCAGAGUCUACAAGCACAGGAAGACACCGACCAGAAUAUGCAGAUUACGAUUGAGGAUGCUGGACCCAAGGUACUCUCGCUCCGCACAGCGGCCUCUAACGGCCACAACCGAUUCGAUAUCCGUGGUACCUACAUGCUCUCCAAUCUUCUUCAAGAGCUCUCACUCGCCAAAGAGUAUGGUCGUAAGCAGAUCAUCCUCGACGAAGCCCGGCUCAACGAGAACCCCGUCAAUCGCCUCUCACGGCGGAUCCGUGAUGAUUUCUGGGAAGGCCUUACCCGGCGCAUCGACGCCUCAAGCAUCGAAAUCGCCGCUCGCGACCCCAAGGAUUGGACCGACGAUCCCCGCCCCCGCAUCUACAUUCCCAGGGGUGCCCCGGAGCAGUACGAGUACUACACCAAACUAGCUGAGGAGAAGCCCGACAUUCGCCUUGACGUCCAACUCCUCCCCGAGAAGAUCACUCCCGAGAUUGUCCGCGACAUGAACGCCAAGCCCGGCCUGUUGGCCGUGGAUAUGGAAGAGGUAGUUGAUCCCACGACAGGGGAGAAAACGAUGCAAGGGAGACCGUUUGUGGUCCCCGGCGGCCGUUUCAAUGAGUUGUACGGCUGGGAUAGCUACAUGGAGUCGCUCGGUUUGCUAGUCCACGACAAGGUCCAUUUGGCCAAGUCCAUGGUUCUCAACUUUUGCUUCUGCAUCAAGCACUACGGCAAGGUUCUCAACGCAACGCGAUCCUACUACCUCUGCCGUUCGCAGCCGCCGUUUUUAACCGACAUGGCCCUCCGAGUCUACGACAAGAUUAAGCACGAGCCGGAUGCAGUAGAGUUCCUCCGCACCGCUAUCCUCGCUGCUAUCAAGGAGUACCAUAGCGUCUGGGUGGCCGAGCCGCGCCUAGACCCUGUCACCGGGCUGUCGCGAUAUCGCCCGGAAGGUCUCGGCGUCCCGCCCGAGACGGAAGCUGGCCAUUUCGUACACAUCCUGGAGCCGUACAUGGAGAAGCACGGGAUGAAAUUUGAGGAGUUUGUUGAGGCAUACAACACGGGCAAAGUUCACGAGCCCGAGCUCGAUGAUUAUUUCAUGCACGACCGAGCAGUACGCGAAUCUGGGCACGACACCACGUACCGCUUCGAGGGCAUCUGUGCAGACCUGGCAACCAUCGACCUUAACUCGCUGCUGUUCAAGUACGAGACCGACAUCGCGCGCACUAUCCGCAAUGUUUUUGGCGACAAGCUCAUCAUUCCUGCCGACUACUGCGUCGGUGACAUGGUUCCUGGCCAAGUCGAGGCCUCUGCCAUCUGGGACCGCCGCGCAAAGCGCCGCAAGCUGGCCAUUGACAAGUAUCUCUGGAGCGAGACGGAAGGCAUGUACUUCGAUUACAACACCGCCAAGCGCCAGCAGUGCAGUUAUGAGAGUGCCACAACUUUCUGGGCUCUCUGGGCCGGCGUCAGCAGCCCCAAGCAGGCUGCUGCCAUGGUUACGAAGGCACUGCCGCGGUUCGAGGCUUUCGGUGGCCUGCUGUCGGGUACUAAGGAGAGCCGUGGCGAGGUUGGCCUGGAGCGGCCCAACCGUCAAUGGGAUUACCCGUAUGGUUGGGCACCGCAGCAGAUGCUGGCAUGGACGGGCCUGUACCGGUACAGCUUCACUGAAGAGGCUGAGCGGCUGGCGUACAAGUGGCUGUUUAUGAUCACCAAAGCAUUUGUUGAUUUCAACGGCGUGGUGGUGGAGAAGUACGACGUGACGAGGCCUAUUGAUCCUCACAGAGUCGAUGCCGAGUAUGGCAACCAGGGCCUAGAUUUCAAGGGUGUUGCCAGGGAGGGAUUCGGCUGGGUCAACGCAAGCUACAUUUACGGACUGCAGAUUGUUAAUGCCCAUAUGCGCCGCGCCCUUGGCACGUUGACCCCCUACGAAACCUUUAUCAAGGCAGUUGAGGAAACCCGGGCCAAAGCUCUUGCUGAGCUGGUCUAG